AUGACAAUAGGAGUGGAUUUGGCUGCGGUGGUGGGCGUUUUGACAAUCGCCUACAUUCUCUAUAACCGCUUCGUCCAUCCACUCCGUCGUAUCCCAGGUCCAUUCCUCGCAUCACUGACACCCUGGGUACAGUUGUACCACGGUCUAAAAGGAGACCGACAUCUCUGGCUACACGAGCUACACAAAGAAUACGGAACCCAUGUACGGGUUGCACCGAAUUUCAUCUCAGUGAAUAGCGACCGUGGUCUCCAUGAUAUUUACGGCCAUGGUAAGCGGCUCCAGAAAGCGGAUUUCUAUAAUGCGUUCCCGGCUAUCAAGGGCGUCUACAAUACACACAAUGCUAUUGAUAAGACAACGCAUGGGCGCAAGCGACGUGUGCUCAGUCAGGCGUUCUCAGAGGCUGCGCUGAAGGGUAUGGAAGAUGUGAUGCUUCUUCAUGUGCGGCAGCUUUGUGCUUCUCUUGCUGGGUACAGUGUUAGUGAGAAAGAAACAUCCGAGUCUAAGGGUGUGGUGCGGAACAUGGGAAAUUGGUUCAGUUAUCUUUCGUAUGACGUGAUGGGGGAGUUAUGUUUUGGGAAGAGCUUCGAUAUGCUUGUUGCAGAUGGACGAAGACAUAUGGUCAAAUUGGUGGAUCGUGCUGCGAAUCGGCACUAUGUGUGCGGUCUCUGGAUGCCUUUAGACCGAUGGCAUCUCGAUCAAAUCUUCAUCCGACAACUGACCCAAGACCGCUGGAAUUUCAUUAUGAAUUCCCGAGUCGAAGCGAACAAGCGCGCACAAGAACGAGCCCAAGCUGGUCGUGAAGCGAAGAAAGACUUCUUCUACUACCUUCUCAACGCCAAAGAUCCCGAAACAGGCAAGGGACUCAGUACUCCCGAACUCUGGGGCGAAGCGAACGUACUCAUGAUCGCUGGAAGCGACACGACCUCGACGACGCUCGCUGCCACAUUAUUCUACCUCGUUCGAUCGCCAUCAGCGCUAGCUAAACUAGUCGCCGAAGUGCGUGAUGCAUUUAACCAAGUGGAAGAGAUCAUCAGCGGCACGCAAUUGAACGAGCUAGUCUACUUGAAAGCAUGUAUUGAUGAAGCACUCCGUCUGGCACCCGCCGUCCCAGGCGCAAUUCCACGCGAGGUCAUGGAGGGUGGUGCGAUGGUUGAUGGUGUAUUUCUUCCAGCUGGAACAAACUGCGGAACACCCGUGUACUCGAUUCAUCGUCAAGAACAGUAUUAUCGGAGUGCCGACAAGUUCAUACCUGAACGCUGGAUCGAAGGUGCUACAUACUCGACAUCAGAGGCCAAGUGGAAGACGACCAAGGAAGAGAUGGAAACAGCGCGUCAUGCAUUCUGCCCGUUUAGUAUUGGGCCUCGGGGAUGUAUUGGGAAGAGUAUGGCAUUUAUGGAGAUGCGGCUCACAUUAGCGCGAUUGGUGUUUCUAUUCGAUAUGACGUUGGCAGAUCGUGAGGGUGAAGAUGCCGGGGGACAUUUGGCACUGGUGGACCAUUUCACCAGUGCGAAGAAUGGGCCCAACGUGGAAUUUCAAAAAAGAUCUACUAGUCCAGUGAUUUAG